AUGUUCAAGCGAUCGUUUAACACCAAGGACGGUCGUGUGACCAAGCCGUUGAAGGCGACCAAGAAUGCCUAUCCCGAACAUUUGAAGAGGAAGAUGCAGGAGAGCAUGGAAAGUCCGCCGAUCGGAAGUUCUCUGACCAGCCCCAUCAUCACUAUCGUGGUGGGUCGUGAGCAGCGUCUUUUCGCUGCCCAUGAGGACGUUCUAUGCAAUUCACCUUAUUUCGCCACCGCCUUGAAAGGUCACUUUCUUGAUGGCGGCGCAAAGAAGCUGAUCCUGCCUGACGAAGAGCCCGAGAUCCUGUCGGCAAUCCUCGAGUUCCUGUAUAAGGGUGAUUAUUAUCCUCGAUUGUUGCACAAUAAGAGACGUAACACCUGGGAUCUCGAAGAUGCAGAUACUAAACCUGGUGGUCGCGGACACACUGAGUCAAGUAUCUAUCUGUCCAGUCUUGGUGGCGAUGUCCUUCGCGACACCGUCGUCUAUUGUGCAGCUGAGAAGUACGGCUUGGACGAGCUGAAGCGCCUUGCUCUUCGGAAACAAGGUCUGCAGUCUGGUAUACAGGUCGACGUCAUCUUGCGCUCAGCACGAUACUGCUAUGCAGCGACACCAGAUACCGAAUCACGUCUCCGCGCUCAUUAUCUUGCUCUGAUCAUCCGAAGUCGCAAGACUUUCAAGAGGAGCGGAACCAUGCAGAUGGAAAUGGAGAAUGGGGGCAAAUUGUUCUUCGAUCUUUUCGUAGCAAUGUGCAACCACAUCGACGACAUUGUCGAGAUCAGGUAG